CCUCAGUUGGACAUACAGUCACUACUUAAGAGGUCAGUUCUGUACUUGUGCUCAUUGACUGAGGAAGGUCUACGAUUAGAAGAGAAAAGAGUACUACCAAUCACUGCGAGCUGAGCACCAAGAGCACUGGGACGAAACACAGGCUAUAGUACCCGAAGAGUUGAGAGACAAGAGAGAUGGCUAAACGGCAUCCUCGUACCUCCACCCCUUGCACGUUGAAACACUUGGAGUUGUCGACAAUUGUGGUGAGCUGUAGCUGUAUGCAAUGAACAUUGC